GUUCCAUCCAACUGGUUCACCACCAAGAAAAAGCAGCUUUUCACCUACAGUGGGAUUAAGAUAAUCUUUGUCGGGUCACCGAUCCUAGCACGAUUCAUGACGGGUGGUUUGAUGGAAGAAGUUAGAGAAGUUCUUAAGCGGAGUGACCCUAGUUGGGAGGCUGCUGACUCGGUGGACUCGGAUGGGCAGAGUUUGCUUCAUUUGGCUAUCGUUCAGGGCCGGCCUGAUAUUGUCCAGUUAAUUCUUGAGUUUGGGCCUGAUUUGGAGGCCCAGAGUCGAUCUGGCUGUAGCCCGAUGGAGGCUGCUUCUGAGGCCAGAGAGGCCUUGAUUGUUGAGCUUUUGUUGGCCCGAAAGGCCUUCUGCGAAUGAUCUGAGAAUUCUUCUUUCGGGCCAAUUCAUCUGGCGGCCCGAAACGGUCAUGUGGAGGUGUUGAGGUUUCUUAUACUAAAAGGAGCAAAUGUUGAUGCAUUGACAAAAGAUGGCUAUACUGUUCUACACCUAGCAGUUGAGGAUAGGAAAAGGGACUGUGCGAGGCUUUUGUUGAUCAGUGGGGCAAGGGCGGACAGUCGAGACGCGCUCGAUGGAGACACACCGUUGCAUGUUGCGGCCGCCCUCGGGGAUGAGCACAUGGUGAAGCUCUUGUUGCAAAAGGGAGCGAAUAAGGACAUUAGAAACUACGCCCAUCGAAUGCCCUAUGAUGUGGCGGCCGAGAAUGGGCACUCUAGGCUUUUUGAUGUGCUCCGACUAGGGGAUAGCCUGUGUUUGGCCGCGAGGAAUGGAGAGGUGAAGGCAAUUCUCUGGCUUCUGGAGAAUGGCGCGGUGGUCAACGGACGAGAUCAACAUAGAUGGACCGCUCUCCAUAGGGCGUGCUUUAAGGGACGGGUUGAGACGGUUCGAGCACUACUAGAGAAAGGAGUUGAGGUUGAUGCCAAGGAUGAGGACGGGUACACUAUGUUGCACUGUGCGACGGAGUUAGGUCAUGGGGAUGUGAUCGAGUUGUUGGUUAAGAAAGGUGUUGAG